GACCUUUAUAAUAAUCAAUCCAUUACUGAAUUAAUAAUUUAUUUACAUUAUUACAAAAUGUUGCGGAAAAGAGAUUCGUCCACAUUGAACGCCAUGCUGCGAGAGAAGAAGAUUCACGCCACUGAAUACUUUGGUGAAGUGGUUGAGAAAAUGAGCACUCUUCGCAAAGUGCUGGAGCAAACUGAAACGGAUCAUGCAAUGAAACCUAAAUACCCAUCAUUUGAUGGCGAUAGUCGUGUGAUUGAUUUCGUUCUUGUUUAUGACAAAACGUCAAGACGACCGUCGAAAGAAAAAGUGAACGCGUUUUUAAAACAUUUAGUCGCUGAAGGAUUCUCAACAGAAGGCGGAGAAUCAGAUGUCUAUGAACAUCUUAUAUUCAUACGAAUUCAUUGCAAUCGAAAUAAAUUGGUUAAAGCCGGUAUUAUCCUCGAUAUGAAUCUUGAAUUUCUAUCGGAACGCAAUGAAACGGUCGACGACGACGUUUUCUUCAAUUUUAAGUUCCUUUUCAAUGAUGUUACCAAACCAAAAGAACGAAGUGAUGUUUCACAACGAGCUAUGGAAGCUACCUUUAAUCGCAAACCUAAAGAUAUUACGCAAACAGAACGUAUAAUGAUAACACAUGAAUUGUUAAAAAACACGCGAUAUGGACCGGCAGAUGAUGAAAUCGGUAUAAUGUCAUUGUUUCACAAAGGUUUCCUUCACACUUGUUAUCCAUUGCAUGACGGUCCGUGGGAAUGGUCAGAAGAAGGACCAUUAAAUGACAGACAAGUUCUGAUGCAAUAUUGGGCGUCACCUUCUAACUGGUACAAACUGCAACCAAUCAACUUAGUCAGAAGAUAUUUUGGACCGGAAGUGGCCUUCUACUUUGCGUUUUUAGGAUUUUUCAACAAAAUGCUUAUUAUUCCAUCGUGUGCUGGGAUAAUAACUAUCUUCUAUGGCCUUCUUACAUAUAUAGACAGUCGAAACUAUCCAUCGCAAGAAAUCUGCAAAAGUAACAUAACUAUCUGCCCACCAUGUCAUGACAUGUCAAUUUGCUACUAUGAACGUUUGGAUAACGAAUGCUACACCUCAAAAAUAGCCUAUAUCUUAGACAACAUAUCAACUGCAGUAUAUUCAGUGUUUUGGUGCUUUUGGAGCACAAUUUUCUAUGCGAAAUGGAAGCGUCUGGAAGCUGUGCUCAUGUUUCGCUGGAACUUGAUGGAUAUUGAAAACGAAGUGAAUAUUCGUCCGGCUUAUUUGGAACGUGCAAUGCGGCAGAACGCUCUCAGACACAAAGAAGAAAAUGGAAUCAAUUAUAUCGACUUGACUGUGGAUCACACACAACGUGAGGCUAGAUAUUUGCGAAUCUUGCGAUACUGCGCUUCUGGGAUAACUAUAACCAUACUGGUUUUAUGUAUAUUUCUGGUUAUAUACUUGGCUGUCGUUGUGCGUUGGUGGGUUGGGAAAUGGAUCGGACGGUUUGAUGGACAAUUUUCUUUUCAAUGGAAAAUUUUGCUUGUAACAACUGUGGGCAAUCUAUUUGUAAUUCUAUUUGUUUGUAUUGCCGAAGAUUUGUUUCGUCCUCUGACACAUCUCGUUACUGAUUUUGAAAAUCAUCGAACUCAAGAGGAAUUUGAACAGGCUUAUGUUUACAAAUAUGCUGUGCUAUGCUUCAUUACAUCGUAUUCUUUUCUGUGUUACACUGCAUUCCUGAAAGGACGCUUCUUUUCUUAUCCUGGUCAUGAAAUGCAAUACACGCUUUUGGGUAUUCUUAAUUAUGACCUGGAAAAGAUUCACACUUCAAUGAUGUCUGUUUCAUAUCAAUGGACGAUGAUGACGUUUGGGAAAGAAACUUGGAGAUUGAUUACGCUGCAAGCUCGCCCGUGGUGGAGGAGAUAUCAAAAAACGAGGGAUUUUAGGCAAAAGACUUCUCAAAUAUGGGAGAAAGAAUAUCAACUGCAUAGUCAUGAUUAUCCAUACAUGGCAGAAGAAAAUAUGAAAGUUAUAUUACAGUAUGGUUAUUUGGUGUUGUUUCCCGGCGCAAAUCCCUUUGGUCCACUCUGUUACUUUCUCUUUAAUCUUUGGUCGCUGAGGUUUGACGCUAAGCGCACUCUGGUGCAUACUCGACGAGUUAUUCCUGUAAGAUCGGCUGGUUUUGGUCCUUUUGGGCCAUGGUUAAAGCUGAUCUUAAUGCUUACGAUACUUGGUAUGGGUACGAAUGUGUUUUGUAUUGCAUUCACUUCAAACUUUGUGCCUGGAAUGUGUCACUGGUUUAAUCCUUAUUAUACUAACUUUGUAGACUAUACAUUUUCGCAAUUUGCAUUAGAUGAUUAUCCUCUUGAAUUUGGCGAGGAGAUAAGAAAAGGAAAUGUUGGUAAUACGAGUAUAUGUUAUUAUAAAGGUAAUCGCUUUCCGCCAACAUCACCAAAGAAAUACUUUAAUACAAUUCAGCAUUGGAAUCUUGUUGCUGUACGAUUUCUAGCUGUUUUAUUAAUUCAGAGUUUUGUAAUAAUAUUCUGCGGAUUGCUGUUAUUUGCAUUGAGUACUACGCCGCAUUAUAUUAAAGAAAGUUUGAGACAUCGUGAGCAAAUGAAGGAAAAACAGCGCGACGAAAAGUUUAGAAGAGAUAAAGCAAAGACUAGCACUGGAAAUGCUGAUUUGCGGAAAGACUUUACAGUUAUUGGCUAUUGAUAUAUGCUGUGUUUAAAUUGAAUUGAAUUUAUACGUGAAACAAA